CAGGUUUCUGCUAAGUUUGGAGUUACUCGUGUCACCACAACUGUAUGCCUGCUUAAGGGUGGUUUAAAACAGGGGCUCAGCAGCACAAGGAGUCUGCAUGUCUAUUUAGACAUGCUCAGCUUUGUGGAUACCCGGAUUCUGUUGCUGCUUGCAGUAACUUCAUACCUAGCAUCAUGUCAAUACUCGGCAACAGUCAAGGGGCCCAGAGGAGACAAAGGACCUCGAGGUGACAUGGGUCCUAAGGGCCCAGAUGGAAAAGACGGCAAACCCGGACUCCCUGGCCCUCCUGGCCCCCCUGGCCCCCCUGGACUCGGAGGAAACUUUGCUGCUCAGUAUGAUGGUGUUAAGGCUCCUGAUCCGGGACCUGGACCUAUGGGCAUGAUGGGCCCUAGAGGACCUCCCGGACCUCCUGGACCCCCUGGAGCUCAGGGACACACUGGCCACCCUGGUGAGCCUGGCGAACCUGGACAAACCGGCCCCGUUGGUCCUCGUGGACCCCCUGGACCUCCUGGCAAAUCUGGCGAGGAUGGUAACAAUGGUAGACCUGGCAAACCUGGAGACAGAGGAGCUCCUGGACCUCAGGGUGCUCGUGGAUUCCCCGGAACCCCUGGACUUCCUGGAAUGAAAGGACACAGAGGUUACACUGGCAUAGAUGGACGCAAGGGAGAGCCUGGUGAUGCUGGACCCAAGGGUGAGAAUGGUGCACAUGGAGCUGCCGGAAGUCCUGGACUGGCUGGAGCUCGUGGUCUCCCCGGCGAGAGAGGUCGUGUUGGCCCUGCUGGCCCCGCUGGUGCUCGUGGUGCUGAUGGCAAUGUUGGACCCGCUGGCCCUGCAGGUCCAGUUGGUUCUGCUGGCCCCCCAGGAUUCCCCGGUGGUCCAGGCCCCAAGGGAGAAGUCGGACCUGCUGGAGCCACUGGCCCAGCUGGACCUCAGGGAUCUAGAGGAGAGCCUGGUCCCAAUGGUGUUGGUGGUCCCGUUGGUCCCCCUGGUAACCCUGGUGCUAACGGUCUGAAUGGAGCCAAGGGCCCUGCUGGUACUCCUGGUGCUGCUGGCGCCCCUGGUUUCCCUGGACCAAGAGGAGGACCUGGACCCCAGGGUCCUCAGGGUGCUGUUGGUCCUAGAGGCUUGUCUGGAGAUCCCGGUGUUGCUGGUGUUAAGGGAGAUACUGGUCCCAAGGGAGAGCCUGGAAAUGCUGGGCCUCAGGGCGCUCCUGGACCUCACGGUGAGGAGGGCAAGAGAGGACCUACCGGUGAGGUUGGCACCUCAGGCCCUGCUGGCAGCCGUGGAGCCAGAGGUGCUCCUGGUAGCCGUGGUAUGCCUGGUGCUGAUGGAAGAGGUGGCCCAAUUGGUAUGCCCGGUGCUCGUGGUGCUUCUGGUACAGCUGGACCUCGUGGACCCCCUGGAGAUGCAGGCCGUGCUGGAGAGCCCGGUCCAGCUGGUGUCAGAGGUCUCCCAGGAAGCCCUGGAAGCUCUGGACCCCCAGGAAAGGAGGGACCUACUGGUCCUGCUGGACAAGAUGGUCGCAGUGGUCCUCCCGGCCCAACUGGACCUAGAGGCCAGCCUGGAAACAUUGGCUUCCCCGGACCCAAAGGACCUUCUGGUGAGCCUGGCAAGCCUGGUGAGAAGGGAAACACCGGCCCCACUGGACUAAGAGGACCACCUGGUCCUGAUGGCAACAACGGAGCUGUUGGGCCAGUUGGACUUUCUGGUGGUCCUGGUGAGAAGGGAGAGCAGGGACCUGCUGGAGCUACUGGUUUCCAGGGUCUACCCGGACCCGCUGGCACUGCUGGAGAGCCCGGCAAGCCUGGCGACAGAGGUCUUCAAGGAGACCAGGGAGCUGCUGGACCUGCUGGUGUAAAGGGAGAGCGUGGUGUAAAUGGUGUUCAAGGAGGUGCUGGACCUCAGGGACCUAUGGGACCUCGUGGACCUACUGGACCUCCUGGCACUGAUGGAGGCAAGGGAGAGCCUGGUAGUGCCGGACCUAAUGGUGCUCCUGGACACCAGGGACCUGGUGGCUUGCCUGGUGAGCGUGGAACCGCUGGUCCUCCAGGAGGCAAGGGAGACAAGGGAGAGGGUGGACACAAAGGACCUGAUGGCAACCCUGGCAGAGAUGGUGCACGUGGCCUGCCUGGACCUAAUGGACCCCCUGGACCCACUGGAGCCAAUGGGGAUAAGGGUGAGAGUGGUGCCUUCGGACCCGCUGGCCCCGCCGGAGCUCGUGGACCCCCUGGAGAGCGUGGAGAGGUUGGACCUGCUGGAGGACCUGGAUUUGCUGGACCCCCUGGCGCUGAUGGCCAGACUGGAGCAAGAGGUGAGCGUGGACCUGCUGGAGGAAAGGGAGAAACUGGCCCUGCUGGCCCCGCUGGACCUGCUGGACAGUCUGGACCUGCUGGCCCUACUGGCCCUGCUGGACCUACUGGACCUCGUGGAGACACCGGUCCUCCUGGUCUCACUGGUUUCCCUGGAUCUGCUGGUAGAGUUGGCCCUGCUGGUCCUGCUGGUAUUGUGGGUCCUGCUGGCCCUGCUGGUCCCGCUGGUAAGGAUGGUCCUCGUGGCCCACGUGGUGAUGCUGGUCCAACUGGUCCUAGUGGAAGUCCAGGUAUGGUUGGACCACCUGGUCCAGCUGGAGAUAAAGGACCUUCUGGAGAGGCUGGGCCAUCAGGUCAACCUGGUGCACCUGGACCUGCAGGUCUGCUUGGACCAGCAGGACUUGUUGGUCUUCCCGGUGCUAGAGGAGAGCGUGGUGGUCCUGGUGGUGUUGGUGCUACUGGAGAGCCUGGUAGAGUUGGACCUUCUGGUGCACCUGGUGCCCGUGGUCCUCCUGGCAACAUUGGCAUGCCUGGUAUGACCGGCCCCCAGGGAGAAGCUGGACGUGAGCCUGGUAAUGAUGGACCUCCUGGCCGUCCCGGUAUGCCUGGAUUCAAGGGAGACCGUGGUGAGCCUGGACCUGCUGGAUCCAUGGGACUUGCUGGAGCUCCUGGACCUGCAGGACCCACUGGAGCUGCAGGCAGACCUGGAAACCGUGGAGAGUCUGGCCCAAGUGGAUCUACUGGACCUGUUGGCCCCACUGGAGCCAGAGGUGCCCCUGGACCUGCUGGACCUCGUGGUGAGAAGGGAGGUGCUGGAGACAAAGGAGAGAGAGGCUUGAAGGGUCUGCGAGGACAUCCUGGUCUUCAGGGAAUGCCUGGACCUUCUGGAGUUUCUGGUGACACUGGACCUGCUGGACCUGCUGGACCCGCUGGACCUAGAGGCCCUGCUGGACCUCAUGGACCUGCUGGUAAAGAUGGCAGAUCUGGUUCCCAUGGUACUAUUGGUGCACCUGGUGCUCGAGGAUCCCCUGGAUAUGUCGGCCCUGCUGGUCCCCCUGGACCUCCUGGUCUUCCUGGACCUCCCGGCCCUGCUGGCGGUGGAUACGAUGUGUCUGGAUAUGAUGAGUACAGAGCUGAUCAGCCUGCCAUGAGAGCCAAGGACUACGAAGUUGAUGCCACCAUCAAGUCCCUCAACACCCAGAUUGAGAACCUGCUUACCCCUGAGGGAUCCAGGAAAAAUCCUGCCCGAACCUGCCGCGACAUCAAGCUCAGCCCUGAGUGGAGCAGUGGAUUCUACUGGAUUGACCCCAACCAGGGCUGCAUCAAUGAUGCCAUCAAGGUCUUCUGCGACUUCACCACCCGUGAGACCUGCAUAUAUGCCAACCCAGCGAGCAUCGCCCGCAAGAACUGGUACAGAAACAGGAGCCAGAAACACGUCUGGUUCGGAGAGACCAUCAAUGGUGGUACUGAGUUUACCUACAAUGACAACACCAUCAGCCCUCAGAGCAUGGCCACUCAGCUGGCCUUCAUGCGCCUACUCUCCAACCAGGCAAGCCAGAACAUCACCUAUCACUGCAAGAACAGCGUUGCCUACAUGGAUAGUGCCAGUGGCAACAUGAAGAAGGCUGUGGUACCUACAAGGCUCCACGAUGUGGAGUUGAGGGCUGAGGGCAACAGCCGCUUCACCUUCUCUGUGCUGUCAGACGGCUGCACUACACACACUGGUGCAUGGAGCAAGACAGUGAUUGAAUACAGAACAAAUAAACCAUCUCGCCUGCCCAUCCUCGACAUUGCACCUUUGGACAUUGGUGGAGCUGAUCAGGAGUUUGGUUUGGACAUUGGCCCAGUCUGUUUCAAAUAAAGAGACUCAUGAUAAAUUAACACCAAAGAGAGAAAGAAAGAAAAAAAAAUCUCUGCCCUUCUUUUUGUGAUUUUUUUUUUUUUUGGUACCGAAUGCUGAUUUCUCUCUGCACAUCCACUUGCUUAAGAUGGGCAACUAUCGGACAGGACAGAACGGACUGAACGGAGCGUUUGUGCAAUGCAAAUUAAUACAGCAACCCAAAGAGGCACGGGAAAACACCUUGUUGUUGGACAUCAUGUCAUCCUUUUGUAAAAAAUAAAAAGAAGUGUAAUAAAAACGCUGAAAGUAUGCAUCACUUUGUGGUCUUUGUAUAUCUUCCACGGAGGAGGUUUAAUACCACAAUUUCCAUGAAAAAAGGUUUAAACUACCUCAUACCUGUAAGUAAGGAAAAUACUAUUGAUACAACCUGGGUCCACAACCGAGAUGUUAAAGACUUCUAAUGCUUCAAGUUCUGUCCCGUAUUGGAAGGUGCUCAUUUACUUGAAGCAGACUUCUAUGGUGCUAAGAUGCAGCUGUGGAGGAAACCACUUUUUUUACUGUAUUACUUUGUAUUGACCAUUGAGGAGUCUUGCAUAUGUCCCCUGAUACUCCCCUACUUUAAGCAGGUGGAAUGUUCCUAAACCUGAUGUCUGGUUUUGUUUUUUUCUUUGUUUUGUCCUUCUUUUGUUUGUCGAGUUUUUCUUUUUUUUUUUUUUUUUUGGUUUUUUGUUUGUUUUUAUUUUUACCCUUCAAAUCCACCCCAAGUGUUCAGACUGACAGCACAUACUUCAUCCCUUCUAAAUGGGUUUCGGCGGCCUUUCUUUCUCAAAAAUGACACCACAAAGUCUAUUGUACCUAUUUUGUAUAUGUGAGAUGUUUAAAUAAAUUGUGAAAAGUUCUGAAAUAAAGCAUGUCCAAUGUUCCAAAACACACUA